GGUAGCAUUGACAAUGGAACAUAUCGAUAAAUAUACGUCACACACGUCAACACCGGUUAUUCUGAACUUUCAUAUCUUCCCUCAUAUCUUUCAUAAUUUUAUACUUUAUUGUUAUUCUAUUUAAAUAUGGAAUAUAUAUACAAAAUACCUUUCUUCGUUUUAGAAGUGCCCAAUUUAAAACUUAAAAGGCCAUCAUGGUUCGUUAAACCUAGUGCGAUGAUAGUUUUUUCCUUCGUUCUGUUAUCAUACUUUCUGGUGACAGGAGGUAUAAUUUACGAUGUUAUCGUUGAACCACCUAGUGUAGGAUCAACAACCGACGAGCAUGGUCAUACGAGGCCUGUAGCAUUUAUGCCAUAUCGCGUAAAUGGUCAAUAUAUUAUGGAAGGUUUAGCAUCCAGUUUUUUAUUUACUUUAGGUGGUUUAGGGUUCAUUGUACUCGAACAAACGCACAGUCCAUCCACACCUAAACUUAACAGAAUUCUUCUAAUAUGUGUUGGAUUCAUCGGUAUAAUUGUAUCAUUUAUUACAUGUUGGAUAUUCAUGCGCAUGAAACUACCGGGAUAUUUGCAAUCAUGAAUAAAUUUUUCCAAAGUAUAUGCAAGAAAAUUUUGAAAUGAUACAUUUAAUAAUACCAUUUUUUAUAACAAAAAAAUAUAUGAAAGAAAUUUCUUGUAAAUAUAUUAUUUAAUAAAAAAACAAUGUUUUUUUUAUUAAGUAUACCUGUUAAUAAGUUAAAGGUAUAUAAUAUAUUAAAUAAAAUGUUUAUAUUUAUUCGUAUUUAAAUAAUUAAAUAAUAUCUUAGAAUCUUUGAGAAUUAUAUAUAAUAACAUCUAGAACAGGGCUUCUCAGAUUGUGACUCACGACUCUGUAUGGAAUCAUUUACUAAAUUUUGAGAUCGCAGAAAUUUGAAUUAAAUUUAAAAAUUCCUGGAUUUACAAUGAUCAAAAAUUAAUUCCAAACCAGUUUAGCAAUGCUACAUGUGUAAUGGGUCUGUGAGCUUAUGAUAGUAAAAGAGAAGAUAGUAUAAUCUAUAACUAGGGUUUCCUAGUGGAAAAGUUUGAGAAGCCCUGAUCUAAAAUAUUGCACACACUAUAAUAUAAUACAACAAGAAAUGCAAUAAAUUGAGUAUCUAAGUUUAUACUAUAUGAUCAAAUGCAUGUAGUAUAAAUUGUAUACUAAUAUUUAGACUAAAAUUUUUAAAUAAAUAAUGUCUCUGACAUUAUCGCAUAUCUUAAAAAGACUAUAUUAUUAUUAUUAUAUAUUAAUGAGAAAUAUCAUGUGAAAUAUUAUAGAAAUAGAAAGUUAAUUUAUGCAUAAGAUCUUGUAAAAAGUAAAAGAGAAAAAUAUUUACUUGGUGUUAUUGUUAUUGUUAGGCCUGACCAUUUGGACUUGGCACAUUUUAGGACUUCUAACAUUACUUUCUAAUGUUCACGUGAGAAACGAACAAAAUUUAGGCCUAGUGCCAAUAUAUCAGCUCUUGCAUUAAUAAUUAUUAUUAAGAAUAUUCAGUCUUUCGUUAAAUAUACUUUCGUCAUAUAUAAUAUAUGACAUAAUUCACAAACGUAUACGAAAUGUUCUGCAAAUAAAAUAAUAUAUUAUUAAAUUGUUAUUCAAAUCAUUAGUUUAUAAAAUUGAUUAAAUAAUAUUUUUACUU